AUGUUGAAGUUCUAUUUAAAGCGGUUUGCGAUAUUUGCGACCAUCCUAACGAUUCUGAUCAACAUUUAUACGUUUACAUAUCCUUCUCUAGAUCCUGAAAAUUGUUCAUGGCAUUGUUUUGACAAUUCAGUGAUAAAUGCUGCUCCAAUUGGUGGUAGUUUGUUUGAAAAAAUGAAUUAUUAUAUUAAACGUUAUUCUAAUGAUGUUAUCAAGACUCAUUGGAAUUCAGAGACAGACUUAGUGAAUGAUAAACAAAGGGUAAAUGACAUUCAUAUGAUGGCAUUAGGUGAUCCACAAAUUAAAGGUGUAUGGCACAAUACACCAUAUAUUUCUAGGCUAGACACAUUCGGUAAUGAUUAUUAUUUGGGUCAUAUUUUCAGAACAAUGAAAAAGAGAUUAUCUCCAUCUCAUGUUGUUGUAAUGGGUGACUUAUUCUCCUCCCAAUGGAUUCCUGAUUCUGAAUUUUAUAAUAGAACAAGAAGAUAUGUCGAUAGAUUGUUCAAAAGAGAUACUUCAUUAAUUGAAGAAAUUAAAGGAGAAAAUCAUGAGGAAAACGAGAAUUUGUUUAUUGUUGAUUGGCAUAAAUGGGCUGAUAACUUCAACGAAAAUUUAAAUGGUAAUCGUAACAAUUUCAAUUUCGGUUAUAAAGAUGUUAAAUCUUGGUCUGAUGAAGAAGAUUAUCUAUUUGUAAACUUGACAGGGAAUCACGAUGUUGGAUAUUCCGGUGAUGCUACUUAUCAACACUUAACGAGAUUUAAUACCCUUUUCGGUAAGGAUAAUUUUUGGAUUGAAUAUGAUACAGAAACAGAUCAUCCAUGGAGAUUAGUUGUCCUGAAUGAUUUGUUAUUGGAAGGACCAGCUCUUCAACCUGAAUUUAUUGAUUAUGAUUGGGAAUUCCUGAAACAACUUGUAAAUCAAAAUUUUUCAGGUAGUACUAUAUUAGCCACACAUGUUCCUUUUUACAAGGAAGAAGGUUUGUGUGUUGAUCCUUUAGAGGUCAACUACUAUCCAGAAGGUUGGGAAAAAGAACCAUAUAAAGCAAAUCUAUUGAGAUCUCAAAAUCAUAUUAGUGAAAGUGUCACAAACAAGGUUUUCGAUAUGAUCUUUGGAAAUGGAAAACCAGGUAUGGUUUUAGUAGGUCAUGAUCAUGAAGGUUGUGAAGUUAUCUACAACAAAUUUGAAUCAAACAAUUCAUGGGUGGCUACCAAAGAACCUCUUGCAGAUGCUAAAUACCAUUUACAAGAAAUAACUGUUAGAUCAAUGAUGGGUGAAUUUAAUGGUAAUACGGGUCUUGUAUCUGGCCAUUUCAAUGAAGACUCCAAAUUAUGGGAGUGGAAAUUUACAUUAUGUCCAUUUUCUAUUCAACAUGUAUGGUGGGCAUCUAAAGUAACUGCCAUUAUUACUUUAUUAGCAUGGUCAACGUUGGCUGUUCUUUGA